CACGGACACACACGCACGCUGGCGGGCGGGUUAAUGGGGGUCCUGCAGAGGAUCUAGCCUGUUGCUUUUUCAGUCAGGAUGUUACAGGAGGAUCCAGCUUAUCAAUAAAGCUGGUAUACACAAGAUAAACAGCUGAGAACCCGCACCGGAUCAUGUUGCGGUAAGAUCAGAACCACUGGCACCAUUCAUCCACCAUGGAGCACGUAAAGCCGAAUACGAAGAGAACGGGGUGCUGAUCUGUCCUCAGGAUUUAUCUCAACUAACAUCAUAGCGAUUGACAAGGACUUUUGAAUGUGGACACGAGAAGUAUGGCAAACGAUCUGAAACCAAGGCUCUGUUUUAUGAACAAAAGCGAGAACGGCUACGGGUUUCAUUUACAUGGCGAGAAAGGUAAGCGCGGUCAGUAUAUCCGCAAAGUGGAACCCGAUUCUCCCGCAGAGGCUUCAGGAUUACGCGCAGGAGACCGGGUGAUCGAAGUCAAUGGAGAAAAUGUGGAAAAAGAAACCCACCAACAAGUGGUCCAGAGAAUCAAGGCGAUAGAGAACGAAACCCGGCUGUUGGUGGUGGACCGUGAGACAGAUGAGUACCUGCGCAGUCUUCGCCUCAUCUGCACAGAGGAUAUGGCGGUGCGAAUUGGCCCCUCGACCACUUCUCCAGCCUCUAUCAAGCAAGAAAAUGGCUCCAUGUCCAAAGUACCAUCCGCGCUGAGCAAAGAGAUACAGAAACCCAGCAGGAGGUCUCCGUCACGAGCUGCCAAACAGGAAGCUCCAACUGUUCCAUCUCAAGAGAAUGGGUCCAAGCUCGUCCCUAGACUGUGUCACUUGGUUCGGACUGAGGCGGGAUACGGCUUCAAUCUGCACAGUGAAAAGUCAAAAACGGGUCAGUACAUCCGCUCCCUUGAUCCAGGCUCUCCAGCUGACCGUGCAGGCCUUCGACCACAGGACAGACUCAUCGAGGUAAAUGGGGUGAACAUAGAGGGCAUGCGGCAUGCUGAGGUGGUGGCCUUUAUCAAGCGUGGAGGGGAUGAGACAAAUUUGCUGGUGGUAGAUCCAGAGACUGAUGAGCAUUAUAAAAAACUGGGCAUCACCCCCACAAGCAGCCAGGUCAAAGGUUUCGAGGCUCAGUCCAUUUCUAACGGCUCACCCAGUCCACGGAUCAAUGGACAUUCCACUCAGUCGACCCACUGGGACCACAGCAGCCAGGACACCAGCACUCAGAAUUCAGAGGAUGGCGACAGCCACUCACUGGACCCAUUUGCAGAGAUUGGCUUGAAAUUAAGCCCAACAGCGGCAGAGGCUAAAGAGAAGGCCCAUGCUAAGCGGGGUAAAAAGAAGGCACCACAGAUGGACUGGAUCAAGAAAUAUGAGCUCUUCAGCAAUUUCUGAACCUACACACGUUUUCACCCACUUUAACCUUGACCCAGACUCAUCUAACAUGCUUUAUUCAUUCCUUAUGAACUGACUGCUUUUGAUGACAGAGACUGUUAUUUUUGUAAAGAAAAAAAAGAAAAAGAAAAGUGUUUUUUAUAAGGCAGAAUAGAAGCAGGCUGAGAAUAAAUGCAUUUUUUCUCCUUCAACUAGAAUAGAAACAGUUGUGUGUGAUUCAGAACUGCCAGUGACAAUCACCAGCCUUUUAAGCACAAGAGGGGGGGAAAUGAAGAGGACAACAAAAUCUCUUUUUGUUAAAAAAAACUGUUCUGCAACUUAAAUUUUUCUUAUUGCAAUUGCUAAUGUUAAGUGCUGCUGCUACAUCUAUUUUGCAAGGCAAACCAUUUUACAUUUACAGUUGCUGUGUGAUGUCAGAGCUUUA